AUGAAAAAUCAUUUGGACACAAAGAAUUUACUUUUUUGUGCUCGUCAAGGAAUAGCUAUCAGAGGUCAUAGAGUAGACGAAGACUCUUCAAACAAAGGAAACUUUCUAGAACUAUUAACACUUCGUGCUAAAGAUAAUGAUAUUAUUCAACGAUAUUUUAUUGAAAAAGAAAAGACAUUUCGUUAUGUCAGUGGUGAUUACACAAAUACAUUUCUUGAGUAUUUAGCUAAUAUUGUUAUUGAAAAUAUAAUUGAUAAUGUAAUAGCUGCGGGUAUUUUCAGUAUAAUAGUUGACGAAACUCAAGAUUUGUCUCGACAUGAACAAGUCGCAAUUAUUAUAAGAUACGCAACAAAAGAUUUAUCUCCAGCAGAAGUUUUUCUUGGUUUUUAUAAAACAGAAAAUACAGAUGGAGAAACACUUUCAAUGUUAAUAAAAUCAACUCUUGUAUCUCAUGGUUUAAAAAUAGAAAACUUGAGAGGGCAGUGUUACGACGGUGCAGCGUCAAUGAGAGGGUCGUAUAAAGGGGUACAAGCAAGAAUUAAAGAAGAAAAUCAUUUAGCAAUGUACAUUCACUGUAAUGCACAUAUUUUAAAUUUAUGCCUUAUAGAUUUGGCUAAACAAGUAUCUUAUGUAAGAAAUGUAUUUGGAACAUUAAAUACAUUACAUAAUUUUAUUGGUGCAUCAUCCAAGAGGCAUGCGAUUUUUGAAAAAAUGUAUUCAGUUUUAAAUAUAAGUACAUGUGAAGGACCUAAAACUUUAAAAAGUCUCAGUGAUACUAGGUGGAGUUGCCGACUAGAUGCCCUCAAGGCGGUUUUAUUCAAUUUUCAAACUGUGGUUAGUACUUUAGAAGAUAUUUCGGAAAAUGAUGCUGUUUAUGGAUCUGAUGCUAAUGCAUUACUAAAUCAAUGGCAAAAGAAACAAUACAAGAAUUAUGCAAUAUGCGGUGUGAAGAAAGUUUUAAUAACACUUGGAAUGAAGUAG